AUGCUUUGGUGCAGAUGUGGUGUCCUGCUGGCUCUCUGCAUCUGUCCUCUAGCCUGCCUUGCAGUGUCUCCCUGUCCUACUGGGUGCUGCUGCCCAGGAUUUCUGGUUCUAUGUGAGUCACUAGGCCUGAGGUCACUCCCUCGCUCGGUUCCUCUCAGUACCUCGGCUCUAUCUGUGGCCAGAAACCAGCUCUGUAAUGUGGACCACCAGCUCUGGCCCUUCUCUGGCCUCCAGGAGCUCAGCCUCAGUCACAAUCUGCUAGCCCGCUUCCCUCGUGGCCUGCCUCCCAGCCUGGAGUCCCUGCAGCUGCAAGAAAACCGCAUUACUUACAUCACCUCAGGUGUCCUGAGGCAGCUGGGAAACCUCACUCACCUGGACUUAGAGGACAACCGUAUUCGUGCCAUCCAGCCCGGGGCACUUCAGGGUCUCCAUAAGCUGCAGGUCCUGACGCUGAAGGGGAACAGGCUUACCAGUCUCCCCAUGAGUCUUCCACCAUCACUGACCCACUUAGAUCUUUCAGAAAACUGCAUCUCUGCCUUGGACCUGCCCUCACUGUCUGCCCUGGUCAACCUGCAGGUCCUGAAGAUCAACAGCAACUGCCUGCGGUCAGUCCCAGAGAGCGCCUUUGACAGCCUGCCACGUCUCAGAUCUGUGGACCUCACCAACAACCUGUGGGUGUGCGAGUGUGACAUUCUGUAUCUGUACCGCUGGCUGCUGAGCG